AUGUACUCGCCUUCACAGAUCGGAGCUUUCGUGCUUAUAAAAAUGAAGGAAACUGCCGAAAACUACCUCGGAACCACUGUACACAAUGCUGUUAUCACUGUUCCCGCAUAUUUCAAUGAUUCACUGAGACAGGCCACGAAAGAUGCAGGACAAAUCGCUGGCUUAAACGUACUUCGAGUCAUCAAUGAGCCUACUGCUCUUGCUUACGGCAUGGAGAAGACAUGA